UUAACAUUCCCCUCAUAUAUCUUAAUACAAUUGAUCUAAGGAGUACUCUGCUCUUAUUCCGAAUUUUCUUCAAUGGACAGUGAUGAUGAGGAGACCAAAAGGGCAUCCAGGAGUGUGGCCUUCACCCAACUCAACCAAGUCGCCUCCGAUUUCGCCCUUGCAAUAGCCCUGCAAGAGCAAGAGAGGAGGGCCUUCACAACUCUCCUCCCUACGAUAUUCCAAACCAACAGUGAUGAGCUCGAAAGCGAUUCCUCAGAUGAAACCGACGAUGACGAGGACGAGGACAGCGAUGAUGACAGCCAUGACUUCUUCCCCAACAGCCAUGAAACGGAAGAGGGGCUAGAGUUCUUGGAGGGAGAAGGCAGCAACAGCGAUCAAGACAUGGAGGAGGACGACAUCGACCCGGACCAACUUUCUUACGAGGAGUUGAUUGCCUUAGGAGAGAUUGUUGGAGAAGAGAGUAGAGGAUUAUCAAUGGAGGAAAUCUCCGCUUCCCUGCGUCCUUACACUUGCCAUUCUCUCCGCUCCAAAACUGCGGUAGAUCGAUGUGUGAUUUGCCAAGUUGAGUAUGAAGAAGAAGAGAAGCUCGUGGCUCUUCCCUGUGAACAUCCAUACCAUGCAGAUUGCAUAACCAAGUGGCUUCAGAUUAAGAAGACAUGCCCAAUAUGCAGCACCGAGGUUUCAUCAUUGCCCUAGAACAUUCUAUCUACCUCUUCAUCUUCUUCCUCUUCAAUCUAUAAUGGUUUAGGUUUCCAUUGUUAAGAUUUGUGUAAGUGUGUGUGCUGAAUGAAGAUGUUCAUAUACACCAAAAAAUGCAAUAAAUUGAUCGUGAAAAUAAACUUUA